AUGGCUCAACAGCCAGGUAUUGUCACCGUAGGCGAGCUUUUGGAUGAGCACGCAGAGACGGAGCAAGAUGAAAAAGUUGUUGGAGCGUGUAAAAGUUUUGGUACAAGAGCAUCUUCCAACCACCCGUUGGACUCGCUGGGAGGUUUCCACCGCUACGAGAGAAGAAGUUUCUGGAGAAAAGCUCGAACCAAAUGUGCUAAACAAGCUCAUAUUUGCCUUGCCUACUUGGCU